AUGACCAGCUACGCCAUUGGGAAGAAGAUCGGAACAUGGAACUUUUGCUCAACGUGUGGUUGUCACAUUGCUUCAAUGGGGCCGCCUGAGAACGAGUUCUGGACAGUUGCUUCAUCAACAUUCGUGAACGCUUCAGACUUCUUCGAUGUUCGCAAGCACAUCUUCAGCAACUCUACAAAGGACCGAGGGAUUGCCGAAGCCCUGACACAUACUGGCGGAAAAGAGUUCAUUGACUGGAACCCUGCUGAGAAUAGCCCUGAGGCAAAGAUCGUUGAAUCUCAUGUGGAAGUUGGGAAGGGCGGGGAAGAGCGCCUUCGUGUGGAAUGCGAGUGCAAAGGCAUCUCUUUCACUAUUCCCCGCCCGAGCCAGGAGAUCAAGGAGGAUAAAUUCUAUUCGCAGUUCGUUUCGCACAGAGAUGAUACCAAGUGGCUUGCGACUUUUGACGCAUGCGAUGAUUGCCGGCUUCACAAUGGGACUAACGUUGUGGGAUGGACGUUUAUCCCUUUAUCCAUAUGCGAGCCCCGUAUCGAGGAUGGUCUACUCAUUGGGAGCGCCAAGACGUUCAAAUCGUCGGACGAUGUCGUAAGAUCCUUCUGCGGCACUUGCGGCGCCACUGUCUUCUUCUCUCACGCUUGUCGAAGGCCGUCUGAGAAGCAUCAUGUUGUCGACUUGGCCACGGGCAUCAUCAGAGCGCCUGAAGGUGUCAUGGCAGAGAAGUGGCUCACUUGGCGAGCAAGGUUGGCAUGGGCUGAUAGCGGAAAGAGAUUCGAUAGUGACUUUACUGAAGCACUGCAAGAAGGCAUGAACAAGUGGGUGUUGAAGAGAGAAGGUCUUAUUGAGAAAUACAAUAUCGGUUGA